ACUACGUCACGGCAUCGAUGCGGAAGUGAUACUGGGGAACCUAGCAUCUGAACAGUUUUGUUUACAUGUGACAUGUCUAUCAGUGGAGUUGACGCUGGAGCUCUGUGAGGAGUCGCACCAUGUACCCCCGCAGUGCUGCACCGACGGGGAGGUCGGCCUACGGGAAUGGCCCCUAUCCUCCCACUCCUGUGCUCCUGUACGAUUACCACCACCGUAGUUCACCUAAUGUCAACAGCUUCCAUGUUCCUGGACUGGACAGGCUGCCCCCCUAUGAAUGGAAACCUCCACCUCCCCCCUCUCCAGUACAUUACCAACAUCACGCACCUCCUAUGACCAACAGGCGCAAGAGACACAACGAUGAAUACAGGACCCCAGAAGUGAAGCGCCAACGCCUUGACUCCUCUCCCCAUCCGUCAAUAAGCUCCCCCUUAAAUCACGCACUUUCCCCUCACCAUUCUGCCCAAAUUGCAGCUCGGCCAUCAAGAUCAGAUUAUGAUCGCUCUUUUCCCGAUCCAUGUUCCCAUCCCAGUCCUAGCCCCAACCCCCUCCCCCAUGUGCCCUCUGUCCCAGAAAGCUCAGACAGACUGCAAGCUUAUGCUAAAGACAAGUUGAGUGGUCAGAUGGUGGAGCUGUUUGAAGCAUGCCAACAGCAAUCUUCUGAUUUGGAAAGGAAGGAGACAUGCAGAGCACAGCUGCAGAAGGACAUACAGCGUGUCUACGCAGUGGCACGGCUUUACUUGACAGGAUCCUCUAUGAAUGGACUGGGCUGCCGAAGCAGUGAUGCUGAUCUGUGUCUUGUCAUCAAGGGAUAUAAAAGACCUGAUCCAAUUCAUGUACUCUCAAGCCUCCAAAGACUGUUCAGAUCACUAUCAUAUAUAGAGAGGACUCAGCUGAUCAGAGCCAAAGUGCCAAUCCUCAGGUUCAGAGAGAAAGGCAGUGAGCUGGAGUUUGACCUGAACAUCAACAACACAGUUGGCAUUAGAAACACAUUUCUUCUGCGAAGUUAUGCAUAUGCUGAUCUCAGGAUAAGACCCAUGAUCCUUGUUGUCAAGAAAUGGGCACGGCACAGUCAAAUCAAUGAUGCCAGCAAGGGAACACUGAGCAGCUACACGCUGGUGCUGAUGGUGCUUCACUACCUUCAGACUCUCAAGGAACCUGUCCUUCCAUCCCUGCAGAGGGACUACCCAGAAUGUUUUAAUCCCUUCAUGGACAUCGACAUGGUUCCAGAGGGACCCAGGCAUGUUCCCCCAUAUGUCUCCAGAAACCAGUCCUCUCUGGGACAGCUGUUCCUGGGCUUCCUCAAAUACUACACCACAAGCUUCAGUUGGGAUAAGCAGGUGAUCUCUGUUCGGGAAGCUAAAACUUUGCCCAAGAGCAACUUUCGAGAGUGGAGAAACAAAUACAUUUGUGUGGAAGAGCCAUUUGAAAGAAAUAAUGUUGCCAGGGCAGUCCAUGAGAAGAUCAAGUUUGAAGCCAUCAAAACCCAGUUUGCUGAGUCAUGGCGGAUACUCAAUCAGAGGAAGGACCUGAACUCCAUCCUCCCAGUCAGAGCCAUCAUUAAUAAAGAGUCAUCCAGGAGAUAAGGGCUUCCUCUAAUGAGACGAGCUGACGGGAGUCUCCUACCUCAGAAGGGCCUUUGGGAUGUCCUCACGGCUAGAAUUACUCUGGGAUUCUGAACUCUCUUUAUGCCUUGGUGUCAUUUACAAACUGUCAGUCAUGUGGCAAAUUGUACUAAAAAGACUGCCCUCAUUUCAAAUGAUUAAUAGAUUUUGCCAAAUUAUCACAUGUGUUGGAUACAGUAUUUGUGAAAUAAUACCAGAGUAGGUAAUGCUGCUACAUGACCCUCUACUCUAACACAGAAAGCCUUCAUAGUUUACGGACCAGGUAUGAAAACACAAAUGAAUAUCUGCAACCCUAUCAUAUCCACAUUAAGCAUUUAGGGUUAGAUUUUGUCAGCCAAGGUUUUCUCUUAUUUCAGUUUAAACUGUAUCCACACUGCUAAAGCUGGACCAUACAGAGUAUGUUUGUUUACCAUGAUAACAGUUUGUUCCUCACACUCUUGGACCAAAUUGUAGUAUCAAAGCCUUUAUUUCUGUUUUAUAGGUCAGCAGUGAUGCUGAGAUAUGGUUCAUUUGAUGUAAAUACUUCUAGGACCCUCUUCAUUUUCAUCCUCACAGUCUUUAUAUUUUUAAGUCCUCAAAAACUGUCUGUGUUAUUAGAAUGAUGUUAAUAUGAUCCUAUGGUGAUCCAUGGAGGGCUGUACUGUAUUUUCAGGCUCUGCUGCUCAUAUGUUUCAUUAUUUCCUUUAUUUGGAGUUUUAUCUUAAGGUGUCAUUUUUGUUGGCAAACGUUGACAUGUUACCCACUUCACCUUUCACGUAAGUUAUCAGAAAACAUGCUAAAAUGAGUUUUCAAUAAUUUGUUCUCUUCUUUGAUAAUUUUCUCAGCCCUUUGUACAUUUUGUUCAUUAUUGACUUUUAAAUGUUUAUUUAAAAAUUUAAAUUACUGAAGAUGUAUGAUUUUGAAUUUAUACUUUUGAACUCUUUGUAAAUUCUUUGCUUUGCAAAUACAGUAGAUGUGCCAAA